AACAAGAGUCCUCAGGGUUUGGUGGGUCUGAAGAACCUGGGCAACACGUGUUUCAUGAACUCCAUCCUGCAGUGUCUGAGCAACACGUCGGAGCUGAGAGAUUACUGUCUGAGAAACGUCCACCGCAUCGACCUCAAGACCAGCUGCAGGAACAACACGGCUCUGAUGGAAGAGUUUGCAAAGCUGACUCAGAGUCUGUGGAUGUCGGUGAAUAAAGAAGCGAUCAGUCCGUCUGAUUUUAGAAGUCAGAUUCAGAGAUUUGCUCCGAAAUUCGUCGGCUGCAAUCAGCAGGAUGCUCAGGAGUUUCUGCGCUUCUUAUUGGACGGCCUUCAUAACGAGGUGAACAGGGCGACGCUGCGACCGAAGGCAUCCAUGGAGGACUUUGAUCACCUCUCGGACGAUGAGAAAGCCAGGCGGAUGUGGAAUCUGUACUUGGAGCGAGAGGACAGUAAAGUUGUGGACCUGUUUGUGGGGCAGCUGAAGAGUUCUCUGACCUGCACCGUCUGUGGCUUCAGGUCCACCGUGUUUGAUCCAUUUUGGGAUCUUUCUAUACCUGUAGCUCAGAAGAACUCAGGGGAAGUGACUCUCAAAGACUGCUUGAAACUCUUCAUGAGAGACGACGUGCUGGACGGAGACGAGCAACCGACGUGCGACAGAUGUAAAACCAGAAGGAAAUGCACCAAGAGGUUCAGCAUCCAGAAGUUUCCUCAGAUCCUUGUGCUUCACUUGAAGCGCUUCUCAGACUCUAACGUUCGAACGAGUAAACUUUCCACUUACGUCAACUUUCCUCUCAAAGACCUGGACAUGCGUGAGUUUUCAGCAGUGGGUGGUGAGCGUCCCAUCUAUAACCUGUACGCCGUAUCCAACCACACUGGAAACACCCUGGGAGGCCAUUACACUGCCUACUGCAGGAACCCGGCACUGGGGGAGUGGUACAGCUACAAUGACUCCAGGGUGAGUCCCAUGUCCUCCAGCCAGGUGCGCAGCAGCAACGCCUACGUCCUUUUCUACGAGCUGACCAACUCCUCACACGGCAAAUAUCAAACGUGUCGGCUGUAAUUACCUAACACUGGAUCCACAACCUGCACUUACCUGAGCCUGCGUGGAGAGCGCUCCAUCCAGUGGAGAGUAUCCUGCCAUUACAAACUGUGAAAAUGGAGCGCAGAAAAAAAAACAACUGGACUGUUUUUAUGAGCAGUUUUGCUCAUGAUUUGAGUGAAACAAGCUGCCUCAGUCAAAACUUUGCAUUUUCUUGCAGUGCACCAGCCAUUUUUUGGUCCUGAAUUUCUCCUGCCACCUCUUUUUUUGAAUAUUUAUAAAUAACCUGGAGGAUAUUGGUGUGUGAGAACUCACCUUUCACCAAGAAGUCAUUUAUUGUAUUUAUUUUUAUUAGAAGUGCAUAUUGUUUAUUAUCAUUUACUGUAACAAAGGUUUUGGACUCUACCGUUGGCUAGAGGAUGUUUUUAAGUCAAAAAAAUAUUUUUUAUAAUAUUUAUGGACAGUAGAGCCAAUGUAAUUGUAUUUAAAACAUAAGCAGUUGUAUGAGCAGCAAUAUUCCUCUUCCAGGUUUAAUGUUUCUGACUUUAUAUCAAAGUCUAUAAAUCAUUAAAAUUCAUCAUUAACCUAAAA